AUGUUUUCAGAACAGCUGUCUUUAGUUGCCUUUUGCCCUCAGGACACAGCAGAGCCUCAGAUAGCCCAGUACGUCGGGAGUGUGACCAGAGAGAGUCCUGGAGCAGAAGUGGCCAUUGCUGCUGAGGAACUUCCAGUGGCUGUGGACCAGCAGCAAGUGCUUGCCAGGCUGCACAUGCUGGAACAACAGGUGGUUGGAGGAGAACAGGCCAAAAACAAGGACCUGAAGGAAAAGCACAAACAUCGGAAAAAAUAUGCAGAUGAACGGAAGAAGCAGCUGGUGGCAGCGCUGCAGAAAAUUGAUGAGGACAGCAGUGACUGGGUCCUGCUCAAUGUCUAUGACUCUAUCCAAGAGGAGGUGCGAGCCAAGAGCAAGCUGCUGGAGAAGAUGCAGAAGAAGCUGCGAGCUGCUGAGACCGAAAUCAAAGACUUGCAGUCAGAGUUUGAGUUGGAGAAGAUUGAUUAUCUUGCCACCAUCCGCCGACAGGAGCGGGACGGCUUGCUCGUUCAGCAGCUUCUGGAUCAGGUGCAGCCCCUCAUACGGCGUGACUGUAACUAUAGCAACCUAGAUAAGAUCAGAUGCGAGUCCAUCUGGGAUGAGGACAGCGGCUGCUGGAAACUCCCAGAGCUUGUCAUUCAAAAAACCAGUCUUCCCGCAGGACCUUGAAGCAGUUUAUGAGAUUAAUGAAUUAGGCUUCACAAACCCUCAUCAGGUAGGUAUUAUUAGACUGGUUUUAAAAGGGGGUAAACUGAGGCACAGAAGGACAUGACUUCCCAAUGUGCCAUAGUGAGUCUGUAGUAGAGUGAGGGAACCCAGGAUGCCUGACCCCCAGUCCUGUGC